CUCUCUAGAGCAACAAUGGCUACGGCUGGUUCUUCCCUUACAAUUGCGUCGUCCUUCUCCGAACACCGGACUCAGAUUCAUUCAUCGAACCGCUCGAACCUCCCUCUUCAGUACUCCCUCUCGUAUAAGGCCAAUUCACGGAGCAGAGGUAGAAGACUAGGACUCGUCGUAAGCUCCGUUUCAUCGCCGAAAGUUGAGCUCCGCACUGGACCCGAUGAUCUCAUUUCAUCCCUCCUCUCUAAGGUUGCGAACAGCGAUGGAGGUGUGACACUAACCCCUGAGCAACACAAGGAAGUGGCGCAAGUGGCUGGGGAGCUUCAGAAGUAUUGUGUCAGUGAGCCUGUUAAGUGCCCUCUCAUUUUCGGAGAUUGGGACGUGGUGUACUGUUCUAGACCGACCUCUCCUGGUGGAGGCUACAGAAGCGUGAUAGGCCGCCUCUUCUUCAGAACAAAAGAGAUGAUCCAAGGCAUUGAUUCUCCUGAUACCGUCAGGAACAGAGUUUCCUUCACUGCUCUUGGUUUUCUUGACGGAGACGUCUCUUUGACAGGGAAGCUGAACGUGUUGGACAGUGAGUGGGUUCAGGUGAUAUUCGAGCCUCCGGAACUCAAGGUUGGUUCUCUGGAGUUUAAAUAUGGGUUUGAAAGCGAAGUGAAGCUUCGGAUCACAUACGUUGAUGAGAAACUUAGGUUGGGAAUAGGCUCUAGAGGAUCACUGUUCGUCUUUAGGAGGCGUCAAUAGUAAUACAUUAUAUGAACUUCCAUGUCUCUUCUCUCCCUGUUUUUUUAGUUCUGUGUCGAUCAAUGCAAAUUCACUACAGAAAAAAAGAAACAACAAAUGGGUGUACCUGCGAGAGUGUUUUAAGAUGGAAACAUUGUUGUGUAAUGUAAACUUCUAUCCAAGAGUGUCUCUACACA